CAGGAACUCCUUCCUAGCUUCAUUUCUAGGCAGUCUUUCUAUUUUUUUAUUCAACAGAUAUUUAUGUAGUGCUCACUGUGUACCAGGCACUGUUCUAGGCCCUUUUGGUACAGCUGCCAGGGAGCACUGCCUUGGCAUAAGGACUCACAUAAACUAACAGGAAGCCUCCUCUACCAGCACCCUAGGGAUUGUGUGGGGUUAGAUGUGUCCACUUAUGGUCUAAGGGCCCAAGGGAGAUCCAUAUUUUACGGGACAAAUGUAGGAGUGGCAAGCAAUAGUGUAGAAACUUCUUCCCAUCCUCUUUUCCUAGGGACAGAUUUGUUAUUAUUUCCUUCCAGAUUCAUAUUUAGUUAACAUUCACUGAGAACCUUCUCUUAGCCUGUUACCAUGCUGGGCACAUUUGCACACUUUAUAUCAUUUUAGUCUUACUCUUUGUGACAAAUAUUUCCCCCAUAAUAACAAAAGAAGAAAUUGAAGUUCAACUAAAUUAAAUAAUUUUCCUGAGAUCACACAGAGAUAAGGUUUUUAAACAACUAAUUUAUUUUCAUUCCCAUGUAAUGGAAAGUACAUCCAACUGGAAGGCCUACAGUAUGCUUAAAAGGUAUAAUAUUCGUUAUAGUUGGCGAGCCCUAACUAUGUUAUAUAUGUAAUAUAGCAUUUAUCAUAAUAAUUACUUACUAUAAAGCAAUGUGCUACAUGCUUUGAUCCUAUGAGAUCAUUAUUAUUUUUAUUCCCAUUUUGCUGAUGAGGAAACCGAAGGUAAAAUUAUUUGUCUCAAGAUCAUAGAAUGAGUUGAUUAAUGGAAGACUUAGUCCUUGAACCCAAGCAGCCUAACUUUGGAGGAUCUGAUUUUUCCAGCUUUGUUUUGAAUGGGACCUGGUGGUACUCAAAUAAUGACUAAGGAAAGGAAAUCAAAGAAAACAGGUCUCCCGAAGAUGAAGAAAGAGAAGAGGGAGAAUUUCCAGAAAAGGAAGAAACAAGUAAAGACCUUGCUAUAGUGGAGAGUUUAUAGUGCUAGAGUGUUUCACUUGUCUCGAAAAGUAACGUCUCUGGUUCCUGAGAGCUGCCUGCUGAUUUUGCUGGGCCUGGUACUAGGGGGCAUUGUUUUAGCUGUGGCCAAGAAAGCUGAGUACCAGCUGGAGCCAGGCACCUUCUUCCUUUUCCUGCUGCCGCCUAUUGUGCUGGACUCAGGCUAUUUUAUGCCUAGUCGGCUGUUCUUUGACAACUUGGGUGCCAUCCUCACCUAUGCUGUAGUGGGAACGCUCUGGAAUGCCUUCACAACAGGCGCUGCCCUCUGGGGCCUACAACUGGCUGGACUUGUGGCCUCUAAGGUACAAGCUGGCCUGCUGGACUUCUUGCUGUUUGGGAGCCUCAUCUCAGCAGUGGACCCUGUGGCUGUGCUGGCUGUCUUUGAGGAAGUGCACGUCAACGAGACUCUCUUUAUCAUCGUCUUUGGCGAGUCCUUGCUCAAUGAUGCAGUCACUGUGGUGCUGUACAAGGUCUGCAACUCCUUUGUGGAGAUGGGUUCUGCCAAUGUGCGUGCCACUGACUACCUGAAGGGAGUCGCCUCCCUGUUUGUGGUCAGUCUGGGCGGGGCAGCCGUGGGCUUAGUCUUUGCCUUCCUCCUGGCUCUGACCACACGCUUCACCAAGCGGGUCCGCAUCAUCGAGCCCCUGCUGGUCUUCCUCCUCGCCUACGCAGCCUACCUCACUGCUGAAAUGGCCUCAUUGUCCGCCAUUCUUGCGGUGACCAUGUGUGGCUUGUGCUGUAAGAAGUAUGUGGAGGCUAAUAUCUCCCAUAAAUCACGUACAGCUGUCAAAUACACAAUGAAGACCCUAGCCAGCUCUGCUGAGACUGUCAUCUUUAUGCUGCUUGGCAUCUCGGCUGUAGAUUCAUCUAAAUGGGCCUGGGACUCCGGGCUGGUGCUGGGCACCCUCAUCUUCAUCCUGUUCUUCCGAGCCCUUGGUGUAGUCCUGCAGACAUGGGUGCUGAAUCAGUUCCGGUUGGUCCCUCUGGACAAGAUUGACCAGGUGGUGAUGUCUUAUGGGGGCCUGCGGGGGGCUGUGGCGUUUGCCCUCGUCAUCCUACUGGACAGGACCAAGGUCCCUGCCAAGGACUACUUUGUGGCCACCACUAUUGUGGUGGUCUUCUUCACAGUCAUUGUGCAGGGCUUGACCAUCAAGCCUCUGGUCAAGUGGCUGAAGGUGAAGAGGAGUGAGCAUCACAAACCUACCCUGAACCAGGAGCUGCAUGAGCACACUUUUGACCACAUUCUGGCUGCAGUGGAGGACGUUGUGGGGCACCAUGGUUACCACUACUGGAGGGACAGGUGGGAGCAGUUUGAUAAGAAGUACCUGAGUCAGCUGCUGAUGCGGCGGUCAGCCUACCGCAUCCGGGACCAGAUCUGGGAUGUAUACUACAGGCUCAACAUCCGGGAUGCCAUCAGCUUCGUGGACCAGGGAGGCCAUGUCUUGUCCUCCACAGGCCUCACUCUGCCCUCUAUGCCCAGCCGCAAUUCUAUGGCAGAGACAUCUGUCACCAACCUGCUGAGGGAAAGUGGCAGUGGAGCAUGUCUGGAUCUGCAGGUGAUUGAUACAGUACGCAGUGGUCGGGACCGUGAGGAUGCUGCGAUGCAUCAUCUGCUCAGUGGAGGCCUCUACAAGCCACGCCGCAGGUACAAAGCCAGCUGCAGCCGCCACUUCAUCUCCGAGGAUGCACAGGAGCGACAGGACAAGGAGGUGUUUCAACAGAACAUGAAGCGGCGGCUGGAGUCUUUUAAGUCCACCAAGCACAACACUUGUUUCACCAAGAACAAGCCACGACCCCACAAGACUGGCCGCAAGAAGAAGGAUGGUGUGGCCAAUGCUGAGGCUAUAAAUGGGAAACCUCCUGGAGACCUGGGCUUUCAGGAUACAGCUGCUGUGAUACUAACUGUGGAGUCUGAGGAGGAGGAGGAGAGCAACAGUUCAGAGACAGAGAAGGACGACGACGAGGGGAUCAUCUUUGUGGCUCGGGCCACCAGUGAGGUUCUCCAAGAGGGCAAAGUCUCAGGAAGCCUUGAGCUGUGCCCGAGCCCACGGAUAAUUCCUCCCUCACCAACUUGUGCAGAGAAGGAGCUACCUUGGAAGAGUGGGCACGGAGACCUGGCAGUGUAUGUGUCUUCGGAAACCACCAAGAUUGUGCCUGUGGACAUGCAGAUGGGCUGGAAUCAGAGCAUCUCAUCCCUGGAGAGCCUAGCAUCCCCUCCCUGUAUCCAGGAUCCCACUCUGACCCACCUGCCUCCUAGACAACUGGAUGCUGAAGAGCCCCAGGCUCUUCUUGACCUGUCCUCUGACCCCCGUCCUAGUUUUGCCUUCCCUCCAAGCCUGGCCAAGGCUGGCCGCUCUCGCAGUGAAAGUAGUGCUGAUAUCCCCCAGCAGCAGGAGCUGCAGCCCCUCAUGGGCCACAAGGACCGCACCCAUCUUAGCCCAGGCACUGCUAAUUCCCACUGGUGUAUCCACUUCAACAGAGCCGGCAGGCUGUAGCCCAGAGCCAUAGGAAAGAAUGGGAGGAGCCAUCUCUGUGGGAACUGUUCCUGGGCAGUGGACAGAGUAACCUACUCGGUCUGACAUAGGGCCAGAGUAGCCUGGACUGAAAUAGCAACUAGACCUUUUUGGGGCUGGUCAGAGGGGUCUCCCUGUGGGCUGGUCCUCACAGGGACCCUUCUUAUAACUUCCCUGCUCCUAUCUAAUCCUUUUUACCUUCUAUUUCAGUAAUGGCUGAUGACCCAGUCCAGAGUUCUCAGGACUAGGCCAACAUUUGGGUAGCUGAUGCUCCUUCUCAAAGGGGUCUUCCUGGGUUCAUCAUAGACAGCUGUUCCUGAACCUAAACAAAAGUAUCAUUCCUCAGUGGAUGCUAACCUUCCUUGCCCUCUAGCACAAGGUCAAAGACAAUGCCCUGGCAGUGAAGCUCAGUGAGGGGCCAGCCCACUGAGGGGCUGCAAUGGGAAAUGGAGUAGGCCUCAGCCUGUUCUUCUUAGGGUAGUGGGAAUCUGUCUUCAUUUCCUGUUUUGGCCCCCUUCCUCUGUUGCCAGGUCUUGGAGCAAUGGUUCUUCCUUCUCCAGGACCAGGGCCAGGGCCAGGGACCUGGGCCAGACUUCAGGGAUGUUUCUUAGCCAGGGUCCUUCUGGGGAUCUGCUGUUUUGAGUUCAAGUCCAGAACUUUCUGAUCCUUGCAUCUGGGUUUACUAAGAUGGGAUGCAGUAGUCUCUGGGUUCUCAUGCCACCACCUCAACAUUCCCCUAAACAGGGACAGAAGGCGGAAUCAUAGGGCCACUGCUCCAUUGUUUUGGGGCUGGGAUACCUGGCUGCAGUGUGUAUGUGGGUGAGUGGCAGGUGGCUUUCCUGGGGUCAGCCCCUGUGUUGUGUUUUGUACUUUGAACCUAAGAUACAUUAAACAUCUCUCAGAUGGA